CACGCUUCGAGCCUCACUGGCAAACGCAGCAUUACUCUUUGGUGCUCGUUUUUGCUCAUUAAUCGAAAGGUUUUGUGUUUCCUGAUAUUAACCUAUAAAACUGCUGCAUUUCAUCCCAGCAGAUUUUGUGUUCCUUUUGCACACGAUGCCUCUUCCAGACACGAUGUACUGUGCUGAGCAAAUCAACAUCCCUCCUGAGCUGCCUGACAUUCUGAAAAACUUUGCUAAAGCAGCCAUCCGAACACAGCCUCGGGAUUUGCUGCAGUGGUCUCAAGCAUAUUUCAGUGCGCUUGCUAACGGAGAGCCUCUGCCUGUUAAAGACCAACUGGAGGUGAAUGUUGCAACCCAGGAAAGCGACACGGGGCUGACCCCUGGUCUGCUCAAGACGCUUCACAAACAGCUGUCUCACAGGCAGACAUGCAGCAAAGAGGACCUGCAGAAAAAGUGGAGGGCUCUGUGUCUGCCCAGGGUGCAGCUGGAGAUGCUGCUCUCGCUGGGCGACUUUGGCUCAGAUAUCAGCUGGAUGGAGUUCUUUACACUGGCGUGCAGCGGUUUGGGAGGGACUAUCAUCACGGCCUUGAAGUUUGCCUGUGAGAUCCUGACGGAGGAUGAGGAGGGAGGUCCUGCUCGGAUCCCCUUCAGCACCUUCGUCCAAAUGUACACCUACCUGGCUCACUUGGACGGGGACAUAACACAGGAGCACAUGGACAGUUUCCUCGGCGGCCUGCAGACACAAGCCAACCAUCAGAACGGAAUGAUUCAGGUCUCCAACUUUUGCACCAGGAAGGGAGGCAACGCCAGAUUGAAUACACCUUAAAAAAAACAACAAAAAAGAAAUAACAUAAAAGUGUUGUGUUCAUAAAUGUGGUUAUUCCUGCUGUUGUGAGGACAGUUAUUCCAAAAAGCUGACUGCUGCCCUGGGUUCUUCUUCAUCGUUGUCCACAUGAGUCAGGCUUCUAUUUGGAGCUGGAGUGGAAUGUUGUAAGGAGUAGUUUGAGAGGCUCAAAGCUUCUACACAACGUGUCAGGUGGAACAUGUUUGCUUUUUAUUAGCGCUGCUGUUAGUACGGGGUUAGCUGAGGUUUGUUUACCGUACACACAGCACACAGACUGUUUGGACUGAACCUAACGAGCGAAGUAAAAUGACGAGAGCAGAGGGUAUUAAGAACACAGAAUUCCUUCUGAGAGUUAAAAUCCACUGAAUGCUUUCUUCACAGGGUGUUUUUGUUUUUUUGUUGUUAAUGGUAGAGGACAAACACACACUCCCAGAAGCUGAUGACACUAAAUUAGUAGCGUACUGCUGUUUAUAUCAGGUGUUGUUAUAUCAACAUGCUGAGUUUUACUCUUACUAACUCAUAUUACAGAUGUAGUAGCUGAAGCUAAUGUUAGCACUAACCCUGUAACACCAAGUACAGUUGACGCUAACUGUGUUUGUUGCUAAUGUUAGCAUUUGCGUUAACGCAGAUGUGCCAUGUUGAUGAAACAAUGUCUCAGAAAAACAGCAGAAUGCUUCAAACCAGGAAAACUAGCUUGGACUCCUGAAUAACAAGUACGCUUCUUUGCAUGCAUGCAAAUCUGCACAAGUUCAUGCAAAACUUUUAAUGUGUCCACUAGGUGGCAGUAACACAUUGAAUGCACAGAAAUCCACAAAUCUCUUUUGUGACCUACAGCAAAGCAAAGAUGAGGUGAUACAAACACUUACUGCAACAUUUUGUGUAAUUAAUAUUAAAGAAGUAAUUUUGUGUUUGUGUAAUUGUAACCACGCCCCCUACACCUGGUGGUGAGGAACAAUCUGACCAAUCAUUUUGUUUCUGUGUUCUGUUUGGGAGUUUGGAGGUCUGCAUAUUUGGAUUUACCCAGAAUGCCUUUCUGUGAAUAAGUUACAUAUGUGUUCUAAAAGAAUGUAUGAAACAGCCUUUUAAUGCACACUUUGUUUUCAGCUGUGUUGUUUUGAAAAUUUCUUUACACAAAAAAUAUAAAUAUUCAACAAA